AUGUCACACUCUUUGACACGCUGCCAGCUACUCACUUUCCCCCUUCACUUCACUCCCUGCAUAUUCUCUCUUCCCACCCAUCUCACCGCUCACCCCCUUCCAGCAGCCGCCCCACGCAAUCCCAUGGACCUGCUGCCGGCGUCUCUCUGGCACCGGGUGUUCCGCUGCCUGCUGCUGCCGCCCGGCUCCUCCCACCCCGACACCCCCCUCGUGCGCGGCAGAGAGAAGACGCCCUGGUAUCUCACCGCCACAUCACAGCCCCCAGCGGGCAGAAACCUGCCCAUGAAAUUUGUGGACCCUGACUUCUCAGCGGCCGGGCAGCACCGGAAGAACGUGAAGAGCUAUGGCAGCGGGUGGGCCCUGCUGUGCUGCGCCAUGGCCAGCAAAAAGCUCCUCAUCCUCGUCCUCUCCUUCUCCGUGAGUGCUGCUCUGCCUGCCCAGCACCCCAUCUCCUUGGUCUACAACGAUCUGCACCCUCAGGUCCCUCGCCUCACCUACACGCACAUCGUGCUCCUCCCCCACUUUCAUAGUCUCUCCUCCAUUCGCACCCAUCCAUCUCUGCACGCCCAGCACCCCAUCGCCUUGGUCUACAACGAUCUGCACCCGCAGUGGGAGAGGAGCGUUGCCUUCUUCCUGCACUGGCGCGGCCUCAGAUCCCUGGCCCUCACCUACACGCACAUCAUGCAGCUCCACACGCUCUGCUCGCAGGACCAAUGGCAGUUCUCCUCCCUCACCUCGCUCAGCCUCAAGCUGCGCGGCUGUGUGGACUCUGCCCAGCAGUUUGACACAGUCGAACAGGGCGUUAGGGAUGAGGUAGAGGAGGAAUACUGGACCCAGUACUUGGACUGUCCACGUCUGCAGCGGCUGAAGCUGGGCCGGGGCAAGUGGGUUCUACAAAACAGCUGGGCGGACGAGUUCAAGGCGCUGCGCAGUCUGACUCUCAAGCACGUGGACUGGAGUUACGUGGAUUUCAACCUCACGCUCUUCCUCACCCUCUCCCGCUCGCUCAAGGCCUUCUCAGCCGUGGCCAAACGCCUGGUCCUCUCCUGCAAGAGCAGCGCUCCUCUCUGUCUCGACCACCUCUCACUCUACGGCCAGGAGCGUCUCGUCAUCUCCUCCCUCCGCCUCGCAUUGGCCCGAGUGGCCUACCUCAACGGCCCUCCUAGAGACUGGCAUUCCCGCGAUGAUGCUUGUUCUUCCCACUGGGUCACCCCUGCUCCGUCCCCUGACUGGCAGAGCUCGCACCGCAGCAGCUCCCCUGAGUCCUCCUGGGUUCCAUGGCUGGGUGCUAUAGCGCGGACAGUGGAGGUGCUUAUAGUGAGGCAUGGGCUGCCUGUAGAGCAGGUGGGUGGGGAGUGGAGCUGCCUGCGCAGCCUUGGGAUUGUCGUGGAGAGUGAGGAGCAGUUUGAGGUGGAUUGGGAGGUUGAGAAGUGUGAGGAUGAUGGUGAGAAGGAGGUUACAGUGGAGGAGUUUCAAGAGCGGAAUCAAAGGCAGAGGAUUUUGCAGCAGCAGCAGCAGCAGCAGCGGCAGCAGCAACAGCAGCAGCCAUGGCGGCAACAGGCGGAGCAGGAGGAGGAGGAUGGGGAGGAGGAGGAGGGGGUGCAAGCAGGGAAACCCCCUCUUAUCAGGGCUCCGAACUUGCAAGCAAUCUUUGUCCCCACCCGCACAUGCGAGCAGCACACCCUUGCUUCCCUACGCGAAUCCUGUCCCUCCCUCGCCCUGUACUGCAUUGCAUGUCGUUCUUUCUACUGGGAAAAGCAUGGGAAGGAGCUGACCGAGAUCCCUGUGGUGCAUGUGAGGAAGGGGAGGAGCGGCGUUUCGAGCAACGGCUUUGGGGAGAAGCGGCCGAAGAAUGUGAGGGAGAAAAUGCAGAGUGUGAGUAGGGAGCUGGUUGAAGGGUACACUGUUGAUAAAGAUGAGGCUUAUAUGCUGAAAUUCAAAGGGGCCAUCUGGAGGGGUUAUUGUUUUUAUGGCGUCUAG